AUCAUAUUAUUGCAUUGCUGUCACGCCACCAACAUGACUUUCAUACGUCUUCUUCUCUUCUGGCUGUUUAUUGCUACCAAUGUAUUGGGGCAGAUCACAAGGACACCAUCCUGUCCAGUUCAUGCAGACCCCUGGCAUUCACAGGUUGGCCUGUUGGUCCAGAAGCGCGACAUCAGAACGUUUUGUGAUUCGAGUAGCAAGUUCUACUGUUACCAACCAGCUGCUUGCAUCUCUGGCAGUGAUGGAUACAUCGGCUGCUGCACUGCUAUCGGCACCACCUGUGCUCCUCGCCCAGAAUGUAUUGAUUAUACAUCGGGCAUCACAGCCUCUUGCGACUAUGUUACCGGAGGAUGCGUCUACUGCUCCGAGCCUAGCCUUCCUUUCUGUGUCAAGGCAUACCGACACAACAACUACGUAUUCAGCUGCGGCACCCAGAAGUUGACUACCACUUACACCGACACCGCGACAGAGAGUUCCAUCUUUGCACCUACGGGAGGUUCUGCUACACCUUCGGCUGCGCCUACACCCGAUUCACGACCAACAGAGACUAAUUCCUCUAACGACCCUUUGCCUUCAUCAACGGUGGCGCCUGAGUCAUCGGCUCCAUCGCCAUCUUCGCUGUCAACCUCACAAUCUCCGAGAAUGGCCAUGAACACCUCUACAUGCGAAUCAGCUUCAAGCAGUUCCAUAGCCAACUCUCGUGGACUCAUCAUCGGUGUCAUCAUUGGAGCGGCUGCUGGCUCAAUAAUCUUACUGGCACUUCUUUUCAUCUUCUGGAAGUGUUGGAAGCGUCGCAGAUCUGGCGCAGGAAGAAUGUCAAGGGAGAAGUCAAACAAGGCUGGUUACUCUCUCGGUUCAGGGAANGGGGAACACAGCAUUGCGGAGCACACCGACAGUCAACACGAUGUGGCCAAUGCAUUGCCAAACUCACAAGGACCAGCAGAGCUGGAAGAGCAGUCACAUGGCUCAGCUGACGACACAUCUGGAUCUACACACGCUCACAGUGUCGCAAAUCACAAUCUUCCCGGUGCUCAACCCUAUUCACCAGAAGAUGUUCGAGGAGCAGCAGAGGCACCAGCCAACGCUUCUCCUUGGUCGUCUCCCAGCAUCGCCAUAACGAGCCCAACUCCAUCCAACUCAUCGCUGUGGAUGGCUACUCCUGGCAUGGGCACACCUAGAGCACCGUCAUCGCACUAUGUCGCUUACACGCCGUAUACCCCAUCCUCGGCCUAUUCUGCUAGCGGUCAGCCACCAUCUAGCCUCCCUCAGCCAAGAUAUGGAGGCGGAAACACUGCACAAGAGUCACCAUUGGCAGAACUCGAGGCGCACGAGGUUGGCAGAGCACAGUAA